UUCUGGCACCGAAGCUCCGAUGUCUUGCCGACAGGACCCUUGCAGUGCCAGCGGAUGUCCAGUGACGACCAUGUGUCUGCUUUACGACCAGCCUAUUGAACUGCUUCCGUACGACCCGAGCCUCCCGAAGUACGCCUGUUCCGAUAACCCUUACUAUCUGCGACGCCGGAAGGCUAGACUGACAGACUGUCGACUCAGUGUCAACUACGGAGUGGAUCUCAAUGGGUUCGACACAGCCUAUAUCGGAGUGUACGCGCCGUACCACGUGGGUCUCCAAAACUGCCUGAAUUACAGCUGUGUCACAAUGGCUUGUCAUGGAACAGAUCGGUGCUUCCUGAAGACCUCAACCCUAGAAGAAAACCCGCAGGCUAUCGGUUAUUAUUCACACGUGAAUUUCUGGAACCCGGUCUGUCAGAAAGGCUAG